AUCUCCCGCCCUUUGAUUUCCGCUCCACUAUUCACCGAUUCGGCAGCAGCUCAACCAUGGCUGAUGUGUUUGAAGAGGAUGAAGAGGACGAAAUUGGAAAGGGUAACGCCAAAUCAGAGCUGGAAACCAGCGAAGAAGUCAGCGAAGAAUCUGACGGCGAAGUCACACCCCCUGCCAUCACACCUGUCCCGCAGGAGCCCUUCCUCGGCCCCAGUGACAAGGCGCUGGGCAAAAUGCGACGCGGAAGCGCUGGACUGGUUGAGGGUGAAUAUUCAAGCCUAUACGCAGUACGGGCUGAGGCCUCUCUGGCCUCACUUCAAGACGAAACCAUCACAGAGGAAGAUUUCACUUUUUUCCGAGCCCCAGUGUUCCAAGGCCGCAGAGAUUCUGUCGACUCGGGAGCACCCUCAGCCCCCUCCCCAAGGCAGGUUCCUGUCACCGCUGACCUGCCGGUUGAUGAUCCUCUGGUUCUCCCUAGUGCAAGCGGCACACCGCUCAGCCCUUACUCGGCCAGCUAUAUCUCUUCCUCUCAUCCUUCUCCUCGAUCGCCAAUGUCGGUUGAUGCGCAACGCAUUUCCACCGCACCCUCAUCCAUCACUGACGACAGCUUCCACUCUCUGCUUAUGGGAGAGCCGGGACCAGAAGUCAGGAUUUCAAUGGACUACGACGCCCCAUCACUCGCAUCAAGCCACUCAGCCAUGACCCGUGACAGCACCUUCAUUCCUGUACCACGACCUCGCCAACUUGGACCUUCUCGCGACCAGCGUCCAGUGUCCAUGUCAGCCCCAUUCGGACGCAGACGCUCGAGCCUGGCGAGUCUCAGUCGACUCAUUAGCAGCUCUCAUGGUGAGAGAAGCAAGCUUUCCAUGGAAGUGACUUUAGAUAAUGAGCCAGAAUCGAGAAAGUCGAAGCACAGCAAGACCAAACGGCUGGGACGGAUGAUGCAAUUCUGGAAGCCAAGCAAAGAAGACAAAGUCAAAGAGGAGAAAGCCAAAGAAGAUAUGACUGCUUGAGUUUUUCAAUACAGAGGGAGGCGACAGGGGACGAAGAAUUACAAAGCAGCGUCUACCCAUUAUUAAGAUGCUGCUUUGACGAACUUAUAUGUAUUCUAUGUAGCGCAUGCUUUCACAAAAAAAAAUAAUCUUUUUUUCCGCUUAUGCCUCAUGGAUGCUGGACCUACUGAAAUUUUUCGAGGUCAUGUGCUUGCGUUUUUUUUUUGUUCAUGG